AUGAUUGAAAUUGUCACUACGGUGACUUGUGUUUCCUUUUCAGAUGAAAGGAAUAUUAAUGCUAUACAUUUAGCAUUUCUGGAUGAAACCAACGACAGGCCAAAGAUAGAGAAUAAUCUCUACCCCUUUGUGUUUCUUAACAUCGACGGAAACCUGUUUAUCUUCUUGAACAACCGAGCCAUAUUGUACAACUUUGUCGCGGCCAAGGUGGUUAAAACUUUUCCUAUUCUCCCCGGCAGCAAACGAUCCUACCCUAGCACGGACUCUGCAGUACUCCUUCCACUGAAGUUGACUGGUGCCAUAGAGGCUGAGGUGCUUGAGUUUGGUCAGGCCCCGGUUCUCAACCCGGUCCUCUACUCGCCCGAGAAGGCAAUUGGGUCAAGGUUUGAGUUGCAAAACACAACCUCAAUACCACGCAUAUAUCAUUCAAGAGUGGUUCUUCUGCGAGACAGACAAGUACUGGUCGGAGGUAGCAUCCCUCACGACCGAUACAAAUUCUCUGAUGUUUUGUACUCGACUGAGUUGAGUCUGGAGGCAUUCUCCCCGGACUAUUUAGACUCAAUGUUUGAUCAUCUGCAUCCGCAUAUAUACUGUUAG